GGCGUAGGAGCAAGGGGCUACACUGACAGCAGGAGACAACUGGAGCAGAAUAUUUGCAUUCUAGAAGAGCCCGCAGCUUUCUGAGCCAUGCUCGCGGAGGUGGUCUCUCUGGCGACCGCCUUCUGGGCAGGGCUCCAGGCCCGGACUUUGCUAGUGGGUGCUGUCGUCUUUCUGUUGUUUGCUGUCUUCAAAAGGCGGCGCCCAAAGAACUACCCACCAGGGCCCUGGCCUCUACCCGUGUUUGGCAACUUAUUUGAAGUUAACAUGGAGAAUUCGCACUUGGAUGCUCAAAAGUUGGUGAAGAAAUAUGGGAAUGUUCUUGGCCUGCAUUUUGGUAAUGUGUCUUCAGUGCUCGUAACUGGACUGCCCUUAAUCAAAGAAGUUCUUUCUCAGACAGACCAGUCCUUCGUGCACCGCCCUGUAACCCCUCUCCGAGAACGUAUCUUUAGGGAAAAUGGAUUGAUCAUGUCUAAUGGCCAAAUAUGGAAGGAACAAAGAAGGUUCACCCUGACAACAUUAAAGAACUUUGGUUUAGGAAGGAAGAGCCUGGAGGAACGCAUCCAGGAGGAGGCCUACCACCUUGUUGAGGCAAUCAAAGAGGAGAAUGGACAGCCUUUCAACCCUCACUUCAAGAUCAACAAUGCAGUUUCAAACAUCAUUUGCUCCAUCACCUUUGGGGAGCGCUUUGAAUACCAGGAUGCUCAGUUCCAGGAGCUGCUGAAGUUACUGGAUGAGGUCACGAUUCUGGAGGCUUCGAGAUUCUGUCAAUUCUAUAAUGUCUUUCCAUGGAUAAUGAAAUUCCUCCCUGGACCUCAUCAAACUGUCUUCAGCAACUGGGAAAAGCUGAAAUUGUUUGUUUCUCAUGAAGUUGAAAAACACAGGAAAGACUGGAAUCCUGAUGAGUCAAGAGACUUUAUUGAUGCUUACCUCAAGGAAAUUGUGAAGUACACAGACAAGAAUGCUUCAAGUUUCAAUGAAGAGAACCUCAUCUGCAGCACCCUGGACCUCUUCUUUGCUGGAACUGAGACAACUUCUACAACGCUGCGCUGGGGUCUGCUUUAUAUGGCCCUCUACCCAGAAGUCCAAGAAAAAGUGCAUGCUGAGAUUGACAGAGUGGUAGGCCAGUGGCAGCAGCCAAGCAUGGAUGCCAGAGAGUUCAUGCCCUACACCAAUGCUGUCAUCCAUGAGGUGCAGAGAAUGGGCAACAUCAUCCCUCUGAAUGUCCCCAGGGAAGUGGUGGUUGAUACCACUUUGGCUGGAUACUACCUGCCAAAGGGGACCAUGAUCCUGACCAAUUUGACCGCUUUGCACAAGGACCCCAAAGAGUGGGCCACCCCUGACACAUUCAACCCUGAGCAUUUUCUGGAGAAUGGACAGUUUAAGAAAAGAGAAUCCUUCAUGCCUUUCUCAAUGGGAAAACGCGGAUGCCUUGGAGAACAGUUGGCUAAGACUGAGCUAUUUAUUUUUUUCACUUCCCUUUUACAAAAAUUUACCUUCAAGCCCCCAAACAAUGAGAAGUUGAGCCUGGAGUUCAGAAUGGGCCUCACUGUCUCCCCUGUCAGCCACCACAUCUGCCCUAUCCCUAGGGGAUGAUGCUGUUGGUGAAGGAAAAGGAAAGACAGGGGAAAAAAAAAAAAACCA